AGUUAGUCCUAUUUCUCUCCUCUCAGCUUUACUUUUCCCAAUCCAUAAUCUCUGACCCCAAUCCAUAAACCCGCCUAUACAUACAUACAUACAUACAGCGUAUAGACAACAGGGCAGGGCGGAGGGCUCCAGCUAUGGAGUCCGCAUUGCUCUCGGUUGGGGGUUCCACAAUGUCGGCGGCGGCCCUUUCCAAGUUCCGCAGUUUCGCUUCAAUCCAUCUCGUUCUUCAGCUCCACACCCGUUAUCCCUCGACCACACCGCUCCAAUUUCGUCAAUUUCGUGUCGGGGGAAGCGACUUGCGGCAGGUGGGAUCCGGUUGCUUGAGGCAGGGCGUUGACUCGGCUGAUUUGAGACGGCUGAAGUUCGUUGCUAGUUAUGCGGCGUCGUUUGCGUCCGGCGGGGGUGGGUUUCGCGGAAUUGGUGGGAAUGGCGGCGGCGGCGGGGAUGGUGCGUCGGAGGGCGGCGGCGGGAAGCCCCGAGCAGUGGCGUCAGGGGCUGCGGAUGCUUCAUCUUUGAGCUCUGAAGUUAUCAUUCUCGAUGUUGGAGGAAUGACGUGCGGGGGUUGCGCGGCAAGUGUGAAGCGAAUUUUGGAAAAUCAACCACAGGUUUCUUCCGCCAGUGUUAAUCUCACGACUGAGACGGCAAUCGUAUGGCCCGAAUCUGAAGCCAAGGUUGCACCCAAGUGGCAAAAUGAUUUAGGAGAAUUACUUGCUAAUAUUUUAACCAGUUGUGGGUUCAAAUCUAAUCUAAGAGAUUCUGGGAAGAGGAACAUCUAUGAGACAUUUGAGAAGAAAAUAAAUGAGAAGCGCAAAUUGUUAAAAGAAAGUGGUCGUGGACUAGCAGUCUCUUGGGCCCUCUGUGCUGUGUGCAUUAUUGGUCACCUCUCUCAUUUUUUUGGAGCAAAAGCUGCAUGGAUCCAUGCAUUGCACUCCACAGGAUUUCAUAUGUCUUUGUCUCUGUUCACAUUGCUUGGACCUGGUCGUCAACUCAUUUUGGAUGGUCUGAAAAGUCUACUAAGAGGAGCCCCAAAUAUGAAUACACUAGUUGGUCUUGGGGCUUUAUCAUCCUUUGCUGUCAGUUCAUUGGCGGCAUUUGUACCAAAACUGGGAUGGAAAACAUUCUUUGAGGAACCCAUAAUGUUGAUAGCUUUUGUCUUGCUUGGCAAAAAUCUUGAACAAAGAGCCAAAAUAAAAGCAACUAGUGAUAUGACUGGCCUUUUAAGUAUUUUGCCUUCCAAAGCUCGUCUUCUGAUCAAUGGCAAUGCGGAAGAUUCGAGCUCAAUUGUUGAAGUACCUUCUAACAGUCUUUCUGUGGGAGAUCAAAUUAUAGUACUGCCUGGUGACAGAAUUCCAGCUGAUGGUGUUGUUGUAGCUGGCAGAAGCAGUGUGGACGAGUCAAGUUUUACAGGAGAACCUCUUCCUGUCACCAAGUUACCAGGGAAUGAUGUUGCAGCUGGAUGCAUAAAUUUAAAUGGACAAAUAACUGUUGAGGUAAGAAGACCAGGUGGUGAGACUGCUAUUGGUGACAUUGUCCGGCUGGUAGAAGAAGCACAGACUAGAGAAGCUCCCGUACAACGGUUGGCUGACAAGGUUGCUGGACACUUUACCUAUGGUGUAAUGGCACUUUCUGCUGCCACAUAUAUGUUCUGGAGUCUUUUUGGUUCACGAAUUAUUCCUGUCGCCCUUCAGCAUGGAAGUUCAAUGUCGCUUGCAUUGCAGCUUUCUUGCAGUGUUCUGGUUGUUGCAUGUCCAUGUGCACUUGGGCUUGCAACACCUACUGCUGUCCUGGUUGGAACUUCACUCGGUGCUACUAGAGGACUGCUAUUGCGUGGUGGCAGUAUCCUGGAAAAAUUUUCGACAGUGAAUACUAUUGUAUUUGACAAAACUGGAACGCUAACUAUUGGGAGGCCUACUGUGACCAAAGUAGUAACACAUGAUGAUCAAGUAAAUAUCGCACAACUAGAUACGACUUCAACUCAUAAAUGGUCCGAAGCUGAUGUACUUCAGCUAGCGGCUGGUGUUGAAUCCAACACAAUUCAUCCGAUUGGCAAAGCAAUUGUGGAGGCUGCAAGGGCUUCAAACUGUCCAAAUUUGAAGGUAGCAGAAGGAACAUUCACUGAGGAACCUGGCUCUGGUGCAGUGGCGACUAUCAAUGAUAAAAAGGUAUCCGUCGGUACCUUGGAGUGGGUUAAAAGGAAUGGAGUUGGAGAGAUUCCACUCCAAGAAGUUGAGGAGUUCAAGAACCAAUCAAUUGUUUACGUUGGUGUCGGCAAUGUCCUCGCUGGAAUAAUUUAUGUCGAAGAUCAGAUCAGGGAAGAUGCCAGGCAUGUUGUCGAGUCGUUGAAUCGCCAAGGAAUCAACACUUACCUUCUCUCUGGUGAUAAAAAGAGUGCAGCUGAAUAUGUUGCAUCUGUUGUCGGUAUUCCAAACGAAAGGGUGCUGUACGGAGUCAAGCCAGAGGAAAAAAAGAUGUUCAUAAGCAGGCUUCAAGGGGAUCAGAACAUUGUUGCCAUGGUGGGGGACGGAAUAAACGACGCAGCAGCUUUGGCUUCAUCAAAUGUAGGAAUUGCCCUUGGUGGCGGUGUCGGGGCAGCCAGUGAGGUGUCUUCUAUUGUCCUGAUGCAGAACCGAUUGUCCCAGUUGCUCGAAGCUCUGGAGCUGAGCAGACUUACUAUGAAGACUGUGAAGCAAAACCUUUGGUGGGCUUUUGCAUACAAUAUUGUUGGAAUCCCGGUAGCAGCAGGAACAUUGCUGCCUGUUACUGGAACCAUGCUAUCACCUUCAAUUGCCGGUGCGCUCAUGGGUUUGAGUUCUAUUGGCGUGAUGACAAAUUCGCUGCUACUGAGAUUGAAGUUCCUAUCGAGACAGGAAUCCUUGGCAAAGACACCGCUGUAUGCCAAAGCCCUAUCGAAUUCUGGGAAUGAUAGAAAAUGACACUCUGCAACGCCCACACUGCCGCUAGAUGAAAUGAUCGAAAUCAGCACUGAAUCGAUACAAAAUAAACACCAAUUGAGAGAUGAUGCAAAGCUAAUAUAGGCAUUUGGCUGAAGAUGCAAUAAAACCAACAGUUGGUGUCGAAUCAAAUGCAUUGAUCACAUUUAUUCUAUGGGUAGAAAAGAAGCCAGAAGAAACAUCAGUCGAAGUUAUUGCAGAAGAAGAUGGAACAAGUCCAGUAAUAGUAUAAGGUACUUGCAAAAAUAAUCUAAUACGACUAUAGCAUCAUAUGUUUUUUAGUCAUUGGAUUAUUUCCAUUAUGAAAGCUAAGCUGAUACUGAUUAGGAUUUGUUUGUUCACGCCAUUGUGCUGGUCAUUUUGUGUUCUUGUAUACUAUUAAGGAGGAUGCCAUUAUUCAAUCCAAUCUAAAUAAAUGUACCUGGAAAUCAUGC